UAGCCUGCAGACCCAGCGUUGAUUUAAAUGAGCGACAGAGAUAUUUUGUGAGUUUGUUUGUUUAAAACCCGGAUGUCACAGUCCCACGUCCUUCACACGUGGGUUUCGGGGGUCUCUGUGGACGUUCAAGGGGUCACUUCCCAAGACUGAUCUACCUGAGAAGGAAGACCAGAGGAGAAGGAAAGCAAAGAGUCAGAAAUGACUCGUUCCCAGGGACAGCUGAUGUUCCAGGAUGUGACCAUAGAUUUUACUGAAGAGGAGUGACUGGACCUCCGUCAAGGGGCAUUGUAUAGGGAUGUGAUGUUAGAGAACUAUAGGAACUUGGCCACUUUGGAUACAUACUAGAUUGGAAAGUGACGAAUCUCUGGCAAAACAAAUAUUCCUUUCUGUGAUGAACAGGUCUUGUGGGCUCUAAGCCAGACCUUGUCGCUUUUCUGGAGCAAAUGAAGGAGCCCAGGAGUAUAAGGAGAAUGAAGACAGUGGCCGUAUACCCAGCACAAGCUGAAAUCAAGAUUGCCAGGAAAAAUAUCAAUAAACUUAGAUAUGCAGAUGACACCGCCAUUAUGGCAGAAAGUGAAGAGGAACUAAAGAGCCUGUUAAUGAAGGUGAAAGAGGAGAGUGAAAAAGCUGGCUUAAGGCCUCCACGCUUCCAAGAUGCUUUGUCUCCUCAAGAUACCCAGGAUUUGAUGCUAAAGAAUCCAGGCUUAGAAGAUGUAUUCCCAAAAGCAAACCUAGGAAAAUAUGAAAGAUUUCACCUCAGAAAUUUAUGUUUAAUGAAUGACUGGGAACAUACAAGGGCAUAUGAAAGACAGAGAGGAUGUUUAUAUGGACAUAAAGAAACUGAGACAGUUACACUUAAGGCAAACAUUUCUGCAAAAAGAAAUGAGCAGUGCAAGUCAAAUUGGGGAAAACACCUACUUCAGUCUUCAACAUCUGAUGACAACUGUAAGUUUUUAAAAAAAUAUUUCCAGCAUUUUUUUGAAACAUACGUGUUCUCUGAAAGGAAACGUGGAAAGCCCAGAAGGUAAUCUAGUCUCUACUACAAACACUCAUUCAAGCAAUACUCAAUAUAGCCAUAGAUUAAACAAACAUUCAAGCGUCUCUGAACAUGGGAAAUUUAAAAAUGAGGGGGAAAACUCACAAUAUAAUCAAUUUGAGGGAUCUGUGAGCAGGGGGUCAUAAUUCUUCCACCAACAGAUAUUUUCUCCCCAUGCCAAAAUGUAUAAUGAUGAUAAUGGAAGAGAUGUAAUCCAACCAUCAUUGUUCAAUACAUCCCAUGAUAUAGUUAAUGUGGAAGAACUUUCCAUAUGUAAUAAAAUGAGUCAACCCUUCAGUAAGAGCUUCAGCCCCAAUCAUUGCAAGAGUAUUUAUGAUGGAGUGAGAGGGUAUAAGGUUGAAGGAGACUCAAACCUUAUGAAACAUCAGGGACUUGAAUCUUCAAACAAGGAUUCAAAAAGUAAUAAAUGUAGAAAUAUCUUUUAUCAGCUGUCAGCUCUUUCUCUAUAUAAGAGUACUCAUACUGGAGAGAAGACUUACAAUUGUAGUGAAGAUGGUAAAAUUUCUAAUCAGUCUUCAGAAUUUGUUCAACAGCAGACUAUUCAGAAUUCACAGAAAGAAAACAACUCUAAGAUAUGUGGGAAAGUCUUUAGUAACUCAUCUGAUCUAAGUAGACAUAGGAAAAUUCAUACAGGACGGACACCUUUCAAAUGUACAGAAUGUAGCAAAGCAUUUAUCUGUCGCUCACAUCUUACUCAACAUCAGCGAAUUCAUACUGGAGAGAAACCUUAUACAUGUACAGAAUGUGGCAAAGCCUUUAAUCACAACUCAACACUUUCUCAACAUCAGCGAAUGCAUACUUCAGAGAAACCUUAUAAAUGUACAGAAUGUGGCAAAGCCUUUAUCUGUUGCUCACAUCUUACCCAACAGGAGCAAAUUCAUACUGGGGAGAGACCUUUAAGUGUACAGAAUGUGGCAAAGCCUUUCAUCAGAACUCAACUCUUACUCAACAUCAGCAAAUGCAUACUGGAGAGAAACCUUAUAAAUGUAAAGAAUGUGACAAAGCCUUUAUCCGUUGCUUACAUCUUACUCGAUAUCAGUGAAUUCACACUGGGGAGAGACCUUAUCAUUGUACAGAAUGUGGCCAAACCUUUAUUUGGAGUUCAACUUUAGCUGCACAUCAUCGAAUCCAUACUAGGGAGAAACCAUACAAAUGUAAAGAAUGUGGCAAAACCUUUAUUAAAAGUUCAAAUCUUACUCAACAUCACCGAAUUCCUAUGGGGGGCAGACGUUAUAAAUGUACAGAAUGCAGCAAGGCCUUCAUUAACAGUUCUUGUCUUACUAAACAUCAGCAAAUCCAUACUGGCGAGAGACUGUAUAAAUGCACUGAAUGUGGCAAAGCCUUUAAUCGGAACUCAGUUCUUACUACACAUUUGCGAGUUCAUACUGGAGAGAAACCUUAUAAAUGUAUAGAAUGUGGCAGAGCCUUUAGUCUUAGUGGUCAUCUCACUAAAGGCAUCUCAGAACACACGCUGGAGAGUAAUGGAACAAGUGGUGGAAGACUUUUGCCCUGAACAUACAUCAGAAAACAAGAGUUUAUACAAGAAACCUAUGGAAAUGUUGUAACAAAUACAUAGAAAAGUAUUUAAUCAAAAAUCAAAUUGAAAUAAAUAUCAGAGACUGCAUACUAGAAAGUAUUUCAUCAAUCCUCUUUUCUAAAUUUUCUCUAGAAGGAGAAAUACUGUAGAGAGCAAUCCAUAGUUAAAAAACAUAGAAAAUGGAUAUAUUAGCCAGGAUCGUGAGAUGAAGGUUGAAGGUUAGAAGGCCACACUUAUUAGCAAUGUAUCUUUGUUUACAAUGACUUGAUUUGAGAUUAGUUGAAAAGCAAAAUGAACGUAAUUAAAUGCUCAGAUAAUCCAUACUAUGUUUUGUUUCUAGUGUGAAUGAAAACAAGUUUUUGACGGUUUAUGCUUCAAAGGUUAGCCUUUUUAUGUUGUGUUGCAACCAUUUCUAUCUGUUCUCCAUUAGAACAUGAAGGAUCAGUUCAGUCCAGUUCAGUCGCUCAGUUGUGUCCAACUCUUUGCGACCCCAUGAAUCGCAGCACGCCAUGCUUCCCUGUCCAUCACCAACUCCCGGAGUUUACCCAAACUCAUGUCCAUCGAGUCGGUGAUGCCAUCCAGCCAUCUCAUCCUCUGUUGUCCCCUUCUCCUCCUGCCCCCAAUCCCUCCCAGCAUCAGGGUCUUUUCCAAUGAGUCAACACUUCACAUGAGGUGGCCAAAGUAUUGCAGUUUCAGCUUCAGCAUCAGUCCUUCCAAUGAACAUCCAGGAUUGGAUCUCCUUUAGGAUGGACUGGUUGGAUCUCCUUGCAGUCCAAGGGACUCUCAAGAGUCUUCUCCAACACCACAGUUCCAAAGCAUCAAUUUUUCUGCAUUCAGCUUUCUUUACAGUCCAACUCUCACAUCCAUACAUGACCACUGAAAAAACCUAUAGCCUUGACUAGAUGGACCUUUGUUGGCAAAAUAAUGUCUCUGCUUUUUCAUAUGCCAUCUAGGUUGGUCAUAACUUUCCUUCCAAGGAGUAAGCAUCUUUUAAUUUCAUGGCUGCAAUCACUAUCUGCAGUGAUUUGGGAGCCCCCCAAAAUAAAGUCUGACACUGUUUCCACUGUUUCUCCAUCUAUUUCCCAUGAAGUGAUGGGACCAGAUGCCAUGAUCUUAGUUUUCUGAAUGUUGAGCUUUAAGACAACUUUUUUACUCUCCUCUUUCAUCAAUACCAUAAUGUAAAAUGUACAAUGAACAUAUACAUGGAGGUGUUUGUCAUUGAUAUGAAAUAUCCUGGGAGGUUGUCAUAAUGUAAGUGAUGAUGAAAUCUUUCCAUUUAUUAAAGUAAGACAGAAGUUGGUUCUUUUUUUUCUUUUUUUUUUAAUAUUUAUUUAUUUAUUUGGCUACAUCAGAUCUUAGUUGCAACAUGUGGGUUCUAGUUCCCUGACCAGGGAUUGAAUCCAGACCCCCUGCAUUGGGAAUGCAGAGUCUUAGUCGCUGGACCACCAGGGAACUUCUUCAAAAGCUGGUUCUAAAUUUUCAAUAGUUACAUCAUUUGAAUUGUAAAAACACAAUCACAGUUCACUACAAUAUUGAUGUAUAUUUAUAAUAUAAACAUAAGUGAUGUAUAUUACUUGACAAUGUUGAAAUAAAGACAGCUUCUGUGAUAACCUAGAAAUGUAUUAGAAACCCUUUCCAGAAAAGGCAUGUAAUUAGUGUAUUUCUUGUUUACUAAGUGUUUCCUAGGCUUUGUUUUGUAAGUCAUGAAAAUAAUGAUCCUCACAUCCUUUUAUCAGAAAAAUGAGUAUCUUUCUCUGUACUUUUAAUCUGAUUUAAUCAUGGAUCAUGCUGUGGAUUGUAAAAUGUUUAAUUUCAACCUUGUGUGAAAUUAAUACAUGGUUAUUCAUA